GACCGGUUCACUCUCAGCUGACUUCUCACAAGACUGGAGUUUCUAGUAUGUGUGUACAGUUUUUCCUCUUAAUCGCUUCGAAGACUAGUGUUUCCGUGACGUACAUCGUAAAAGCGCAGCUAUUGGUGGUGUAUCUUCCCAGAGGACGGCGGAGCAUUGGAAGGACCACAGUUCCCUGGAAUACAGGCUCCAUGAAUACCUCCACUGAUGAAGAGGAGUUCUGCAAUGAGAAGACAGCCCUUAUGUCUGCCGAGAGCCCAUCUGUCCCAUUAUACGAUGAUGGGAGGGGCUCACAGAGGGCAAAGGAGAGUCAGACAGUGAGGCAUCGCUCAUCAUCAAGCCAGAUAAACAAUACAGAUCGUGAAGACCACUCGUCAAGCCGGGUUUCUGUCACUGACAGUGAAGUGGAGGAGCUCUCUCUAAAAUAUGGUGCCAAACAUGUCAUCAUGCUCUUUGUCCCAGUCACGUUGUGCAUGGUGGUCGUGGUCGCUACAAUCAAAUCUGUCAGCUUUUACUCUACUAAAAAUGGACAGCUCAUAUACACGCCUUUCACAGAAGACACAGAUUCUGUAGGACAGCGCCUCUUGAAUUCCGUCUUAAACACCCUGAUAAUGAUCAGCGUCAUAGUAGUUAUGACUAUUCUCCUUGUGCUGCUUUAUAAAUACCGCUGCUAUAAGUUCAUCCAUGGAUGGUUGAUCCUGUCAUCCCUAAUGCUGCUGUUCUGGUUUAGCUACAUGUACUUGGGGGAAGUAUUCAAGACGUAUAAUGUUGCAAUGGAUUACCCUACCGUGGCUCUCAUCAUCUGGAAUUUUGGAGUAGUGGGGAUGAUAUGCAUCCAUUGGAAAGGACCACUGCAGCUUCAGCAAGCAUAUCUUAUCAUGAUCAGUGCCCUGAUGGCACUGGUCUUUAUCAAAUAUCUACCAGAGUGGUCUGCUUGGGUCAUUCUGGGAGCCAUCUCAAUAUAUGAUCUGGUUGCUGUACUCUGUCCAAAGGGCCCAUUGAGGAUGCUGGUGGAGCUUGCACAGGAGAGAAAUGAACCGAUUUUCCCUGCACUGAUUUACUCUUCAGCAAUGAUAUGGUUUGUGGGGAUGGCUAAACACUCUUCAGGAAGCUUGUCCUCCCAACAAGAACAGGACUCGGAUGAAGAAGCUUGCAACAACCGGCCUGAAGAUGGAGACUUGUCCAGAAAUACAGCGGCAUCUGAAAACAGGGUGGGUGCUGUAGAAGAGCUGGAGGAAGAGCGAGGUGUCAAGUUGGGCCUGGGGGAUUUCAUCUUUUACAGCGUCCUGGUGGGCAAAGCUGCAGCCACGGCAAGCGGUGACUGGAAUACAACUCUGGCCUGUUUUGUGGCAAUUCUAAUAGGCCUGUGUCUCACUCUUCUCCUCCUGGCAGUCUUCAAGAAGGCAUUGCCCGCUCUUCCCAUCUCGAUCACGUUUGGCCUCAUCUUCUACUUCUCCACUGAUUACCUCGUUCGACCAUUCAUGGACACCCUAGCCGAACAUCAAUUUUACAUUUAGCCUUGUGUUUGUCAUCGUCAUGCCAAGAUCAAAAGAGCCAUCAAUGGCUUUCAGACGAGUGGUUACAGAUGCAUACAAGAAUGGGAAGAGAGUAUCUUGAAAAUUAACCACUCUACAAUUGGAGAAGUUGUUCAAAUAACUGGCAACUUGUCCAGACCAUGAUGCCCCAGAAAAUUCAUACCAAGAGCAGAAUGCAUCAUGCCAAAAGAAGUCUCUUAAGAAAUUACAUCACCAGACGUACAGAUUGCUUUUGUGACUGUUGAUGCAGAAGUACAUGAGUGUGCAAGGAGGAAACCUUUGAUGUCCAGAAAAAACGUCAUGUAAGACUAAAGUUUGCCUAUAACCACCUAAGCAAAGACCAGGACUUCGGGAACAAUGUGCUCUGGCCACACAAGACAAAGUUAAACUUAAGACAACAUCUGACCAGAAGAACCGGAUGUCAACAGUGAAGCAUGGCAGUGGAAAUGUUUUGGUUUGGGGCAGCUUUGCUGCAUCACUAUAAUAGAAUCCACUGCAAAUUCUUAACCUCAGCCAAACGUAUGCCGUGCAAAAUGACACGGACCCUAAACGUACCAAUAAAGUCACCAAGGAAUGGAUGAAAAGAAAGAAAUCUAGGGUUCUGUAAUGGCCCAGUCAAAUUUUGAAAUUGGCUGUACACGCAAAACACCCCUAACCAGUGGGGUCAAUACAACCAAUAAAGCCAAGAAUGAACUCACUUUUUACAUAGAUGGAAAUCUGUUCAUUUUUUGCAAAAUAAAGUCAAACUUUACUUCUUUUUUUUUUUUUUUAUAAUGACAUCACCUUUAUGUAAAGACCAGACCUUGACAUAUAUACAUUUUUUAAACUUAUGUGGACAACUAUGUACAAUUCUGAAAUACUUUUAAUGGUGCUGUAAUAAAAUGAAACAUGUUUAAUUUAUAUAUAAAAAAAAUGGACUUGGGAGAGUACAGUUCUUUUAGGCACUCUUUUUUUUUUUUUUUUUUUAAUGGUUUCUACCUCAUUUAUCCCAUGAGGCCUGUCGUAAGCAUGUUAUGGCAAACACCAAGCUUCUUAUGACUUUUUGUAAUUGGCACCCCAGGGAACAAUUCAAUUAAACACGGGCUUAGAGAGUGUGAAUCUUUGAAACAUACACACAGAAUUUUAUUAAUAAGCUAACAGCAGUUUCUUUCUCUGUUAAAAGAAAAACAGAAAAUAUUCUCUACAAUAUUCCAUAGGCAUUUAUUAACAUAAUAAAAAUUAUUGGCAGAUUAGGAGUAGUCAGGAUUGUAUUAUGACAUAAACAUGAU